AUGGCGGCCAGGCGGGGUGGUGCUGCAGGCGGCGGUCGGCGAGCGGGGCGAUGCUGCAAGCGGCGACUAGUGAGCGGGGCGAUGCUGCAAGCGGCGACUGGCGAGCGGGGCGGAGCUGCGGCCGGCGGCCGACAAGCGGGGCGGAGCUGCGUGGGGAGUCGGGGCGCAGGUGGAGGCCAGACCGAUGGGGGCCACUGGGGUGGCGGGCGAGAGCGGAGCGGGGGCCGCUGGAGCAGCCAGCGGCGGUGGCGAGGCGCUACGGCGGGCGACAGGGGAGGCGUUGCGGGGGCCAGGGCCGGGGAAGCGCCGACGGGGGCCGGAGAGCCGGGGGCCAGCAGGGAGCCGCGGGGGUUGAAAAAGACUGUCGGCGGCUACUGUACGGGCAUGACAGAUCUGCAGCAGCAGCAGGGGGUCCCAUGGUACCCUGCGUACCGUGGGAAACCCCCUAAAAAAAAUUUUUGA